AUGGUAUUUAGCAUUGAAAAGAAGUACAAUUUCUAUCAUCCAUUGAAAGGUUGGUCUCAUAGUUUCAAAGUCUUGGUUACUCCUGUUUUCAACUCCAAAAAGAGCCAAUGUCCACCCCUCUAUAUCAAUAAAAAAAAUCAAUAUAUAUAUCGAAAAAAAGAAAUUUAA